AUUUCAAGCAAGUGGAAUUAUACAUCAUACAUUUUCUUGUGAAUUUCAAUGAAACGUAUCUAGUUAGUUCAAAAAUACCAUUGUGUCAAAUAUUUCAAUGGGGUUGAACUUAAACAUAGGCUAAAUGUGCCGCGCAGGAGGCAACGGUCAUAGAAACUAGAGAGAGAGAAAUUUCAAACAUCAACCACAAACUACUACUAGAGUAAGUGGUUUGUGACAUUAACCCUACUUCAGCGCCAUAAGUAAAAUGCCGAAACUCACGUUCUCCACAAAUGAAGAUGUGAGUUUGGAGAAAAAAAUUGAUUCAACUUCACCACCCAUUCAAACUAACCCCGAAGAUUUGGAAUAUGUUUAUGAAAUAAGGAAAUGUGCCGAGUGGAUAAAAUCUAACGAUUUUAGAAAGGUAUGCCUUCAAUUUCCCGACCAUCUAUUACCUGAUUCAAGUGAAGUGGUUUUCAGAUUGCAGAAUGCAUUGAAUCAGACUGUAUAUAUUUUAGGAGAUACAGCCUAUGAAAGCUGUUGUAUAGAUUACAUUGCAGCUGCUCAUAUUAGCGCUGAUGCAAUUAUACAUUAUGGGCCUGUAUGUUUUUCCAAAACCUCUGCAAAUAUUCCUUUCUUUUAUAUUUUUGAAAAAGGUAAUUUGGAUGUUGGCGAGCUGAAAAACAAUUUCCAUAAUGAAUUUGAGAAUAUAAGUGGUCAUGAUUUUGUCAUACUAGUUGAUACACCAUACCUUCAUAGGUUAGAUGACAUUAAUAUUGCCUUCAAAGAAUAUGAUGAUGUUCAUAUCAAAAGAAUAGAUGAACAUGACAUACUUUUAGAAGGAAAAACUGUUAUAUUUCUUGGUAAAAAUGAAACAAAGCUAAUAAAUAUUCAAUUUAAUUUCAAUCCAAAAGUGUUGUAUUAUUAUGAUGGUUAUUUAAAAGUAUAUGAUGCAAGAUCCAGAAUUCUCAAGAAGAGAAAUUUUUUGAUAGAAAAAAUAAAGGAUAGUCAAACGAUUGGAAUUGUCAUUGGAACCCUUGGAGUGAAAAAUUACCUGAGAGUUAUUGAACGAGUGAAGAAACUAAUUAGCCUGAGAGGCAAAAAAUAUUAUCUCAUCAGUGUUGGAAAACCAACUGUAGCCAAACUCGCAAAUUUUCCUGAGCUGGAUAUUUAUGUAGUAAUAACAUGUUCAAUGAGUGAGAUUUAUGAAAAUCGAGAUUUUUACAAACCAAUUGCUACCCCAUUUGACAUUGAAGUUGCCUUGAAUGCCGAUGAAGAUAAACCUUUAGAAUUCUCUUACGACUUCAAUCACUUUUUACACGAUAAGUUUGAAACACAGAACUUCGAAAACUCUAAAGAAGUAGUUGGAGACGUGAGUUUGCUUUCAAAUAAGAUUAGAAUAAAUUCCAACGAGACUACUUUGCUUAAAAGUGAUGCAGGUAGUCAGGUUGCUCUGAAAAGUGAUGGUACUUUAUCUCUGAGUACUAGUUAUGGUGCCGGAUACUUAGCAGACAGAUCUUGGAAGGGUUUAGAGCAGAAUUUGGGACAAACUGAACCAGAAUUAGCCCAAGAAGGAAGAUCAGGAAUUGCACAAAAAUAUAAAAAUGAGCUAAUUUAAUGUUGAUAAACUCCAGUGAUGUUUUUUGCCAAGCUUAGACCUGUUUAUUAUUUUGUUAAAUGAUUGUGAUGAUGAAUGUACUUCUCCAUCUAUAGAUUGAUCUCUUGUGAAAGCAAGUAAGUUUAUUCUUGUAUUCUACUCUAAUUCAGCAGGGGACUCAUUGAUCAAUUUUAAAUAUUUUUGACAUCCAUUGGUCAAUUAUAAAUGUGAAUUUAGCAUCGCUUAAUAAACUUACUUGACUUAUCUACUUUUAGAAGCUGUAUUUCUGAUGUUUUAUGUUCUGCAAAGUUGAUAUUUUACAAAAAAUAAAUUUUAUUUACUAA